AUGGGCAACCAACGUGACGCAACGAUAUCCUCUAAACGAACGGCUCGAGAAGCCGCGCUCGCACAUGCAUCCACGUACGAUGCCCUCAAGCAUGAUUCAUUUACGAGCGCCACAGCCACAGAAAUUGUGCAGCGCAUCAGUGCUAGUGAAUGGACGGCAUCGCAAGUCCUCGAAGCCUACAUAGCUCGUGCUGUCGAAGCACAGCGCAGGACGAACUGUCUCACUGAAGUCUUUUUUGAAGACGCUCGACGCCAAGCAAUCCAACUGGACGAAGAAUUCGCAGCGACCAAAAAAGUUCGUGGACGGCUGCAUGGCGUACCUAUGACUUUCAAGGACCAGUUUGAGAUUGCUGGAUAUGAUACUACCAUAGGGUUCACUCGUUGGGCCAACCAACCCUGUACCGACGAUGCUUUUCUCGUCUCCCUGUGCCGUGCGGAGGGUGCCAUCAUUAUUGCAAAAACUAACGUCCCACAAACUAUGUUUGCCUUCGAAUGCAGUAACCCACUUUGGGGCCGCACGCUGAAUCCUUGGAAUGAUAAAUACACCUGCGGAGGAAGCACGGGCGGAGGCAAGUCGUCUAUUGCUCGCGCGAAGGCGGCUGUAUUGGCUAUGGACGGGUCUGCCCUUGGAGUGGGCUCCGAUGUCGGGGGCAGUAUCCGCAUACCAGCUUCUUACUGCGGGAUAUACUCCCUUAAACCUUCCACAGGGCGAGUGAGCGCUCAUGGUGCCAGAGGUUGCAGGCCAGGUUUCGAAGCCAUCCGUGUUGCAUACGGGCCUAUGGCAAGGUCCAUCGAAGAUUGCGACCUCUUCUCCCGCAUAACCUUCGGACAACUCGACCCAGCUCGUCGAGUUACCCCAGUUCCAUAUCGCCCGGUUGAGUUGCCGAAGAAGCUGAAGUUUGGGUAUUAUUUUUGUGACUCACUUGCCCAGUCUUCCCCUGCUACUGUGCGUGCUAUCCAAGAAACAGUUAAUGGGCUGAGGAAGGCAGGACACGAAUGUGUUGAAUUUUCAACCUUACUGCCCCCGAGUGCAAUGGAAGUGUUUGUCGGACUGGUUACUUCCGACGGGUAUAAAAAGAUGCUCUCCCACUUGCAGGGCGAUCCUCAGGCAAAGACUUUCUUAUAUCCAGUUCCGAUUGUGAGGUUGACAGUUCAUCAGGAGGACAGUCUGUUCCUAUCUACCCUCGGGGCGAAAGUACCUGGCUUCGUACGCAGUUUGAUGUGCUGGGCAGCUCAGACAUUUUUCGGAGACCGCAUGUUCCCUCGGUUCUUCUCUCAAGCACGUACAAAAUCUGUCAUUGAAUUUUGCGAUCUUAUCGACCGCCGAAACAAGGUCGAAGAGGCUUGGUAUCAGGAGGUAUGGGACAAACAUGAAUUUGACGGAAUCAUAGCCCCUGUACAGGCAUUACCUGUCAUCCCUCAUGGUGCAUGUGCAUAUUUAUCCGGAAUGGCUUCUGCGACAGUCUUAUUCAAUGUCAUCGACUCUCCCGUUGGGAUUGUGCCUGUGACACGAGUAGACGCAUCCUUAGAUCAGUUACCUUCCAACUUCAAGCCAGGUGAGACGGGGGGCUCAACCAUUUUCGAAAAGUUCAUGUAUCAGGACGGCUCCCGUACCGUAUACAAUCCGCAAGAGAUGGCGGGUAUGCCUGUCGGUGUGCAGAUUGUGGGUAGGAAAUGGGAUGACGAGAAAGUGCUUGCGAUGAUGCGUGUCGUUGACGAGGUGUUAGGGCCGAGGGGGUUUGGUCCAGGGUGCUGGAAGACAGGAGACAAUGGUGGCGUCUAA